UACGACUCCAAUACUUGGUCGACGGUGAUUUGGACAAGUUUUCUGACAGUGUUUGGGCCAUUGCCAAACUAUCACAACACACUGAACAAAUAACAUUCCUUGUGGAGUCUCUACGAGAAGAGGCUGGAGAUACAUUUCUGCAAUUGAACACCAAUUUAUGUAUCUAUGCUUUCAAUUUGGACAAAGGUUGUUUAGAACAAGCUGUUGCAGAUAAAGAUAUGGAGUUGAUUCUUUGCCGAAAUGUAGCACUUUCCAAAACCAGCCAAAUGAUCAUGAAUCUUUAUGAUGGUCUCAGUCAAAAACUUGCUAAACUGUCAGGACUCACAGCUUUUGCUCUUGAUCCUAGUGAAGAAAAUUUUGAGAUUGUCUACUCAAUAUUCCAUUCUAAUAAUAAUAACUCUAAUUCAUCUUCGUUGGGUGGCAGUAGCAGCCAUCACAAUGAUAUUGAUGGUAGCAGCCCUAAUAAGUAUGUCAACAAACUUACUAACAUGCUUGAUGGCUUGCAUGUAAGUCCAACGAAAGAGGUGAAAAAAUCCAAAGAGAAACAACGGACACAACGCAACCGGCACUCUAUGUCCCAUCGUACUGUUGACAAUGUGGAAUACUGCAAUUUGUCUGUGAAUCCAGCCAAUCUAUAUGAAAUAGAACGACUGCUCAAUAAUAUAUGUCCGUUUCACCUGGAUAUAGAAAUGUCAUUUAGUGAUUUGCAUGCCAUGUGUAUGGAACAUCUGACACAACAUCAAGAAAUGUUAAUGGUUCUUCAUGAAGAAAGCACUGAUGAAUGUAGUGAAUUUUCUAACUUUGAUGAAGAGCAGCCCCUCUCUGAAGCAGCAGUUCAGAAUAAUGAAAUGGCUGCCUUUACUGAACAAUGUUCUCAAGAAAAUGUAAACUCUAAUGUAAUUUUUUCAUCACCUCCUUCACAACCACAUACAGCAACAGCUUCAGUAACAACAGCAGCUUCAGCAACAACAGCCGCUACAGUAACAUCUCAAGAAAAUUGCACUGAACCAGAGGAGGGUUCAGUAGGAGGGCAUCAAGUUGGAACAAAACCAGAAGCUAAGUGUGCUUGCGGCCUUCCCAAAAGCUGCCAGGUAACUGAAGAGGUUUGUAAUUGCAAACAAAAUCUCCCUAAAAAUAGCUGUCAUUUGAAUCAAACGUAUCCAAAUAGUAUCUCUAAUAGAAACCUCUUUGAGGCUUUUAACAAAGAUUUGUCGACACAGCCCUAUAGCAUUCAGUCAAGGGAUCAUCGGCAUUCAAUGUCAGAGGCCUCCAAGAUUCAAAAUGCUUGUGAAAGAGACAUUAAAAACCAACAGGUGAGUCACUGCAGUGGUAAUGGCUUCCCUAAUUGUGGUGCAUCAACUUUAGGCACAUGCAGUUGUGAUAGAUCUGGCAGUGUUCAUACAUGCCUCUCUUUUGAGAGCCAGAUUGAUUUUUCCAACAUUGGUGACAAUUCAUCUUCUUCUUCUUCACUGAUGCAAACACAACAUGCUUCUGAUAAGCUCCAUAAAGCUCGAACGAAGGAUAGUCAUUGCUAUUGUAACAAAUCAUUACCUUCCAUUUCUGAUGGUAAUGUAAAUGUUACUGCACCCUGCAAGUGCGUAUGUAAAACUAAAACUAAGUCAGGGAAAAAAUCAGACAAGUCUGCAAAAUGUGAUAAAAACCUUCAACAAACAUCUGAAAUCAAAGAUGGCAAAGAUACUCCAUCAAAAAGUUUAUAUGUUUCUAGUGGUAUUAAUGAGGAUCAAGUAAGUUCAGAAAUUCCUACUAGUGAUCGAUUACUUGAAAAACUUCAGUCUUGCAUAUCAUCACUUACUGGAAAUAAUGCAGGUUGCUCUACUGAAAAGUUUUUCCUUUCUAAAAUAGAAAAAUCUUACAUUGACCGUUAUUGUCAGUUUCUGAAAUCUGUUAGCCAAUUUGAAAUGGCUUUACUCACACAACAGAACAGUAAACCAAGUUCAAGGCGAAGAAAGAAUUAUGUUGUGGUGUAUCGCUGUGGAAUUUGUUGUGACUUUUUUGACCAGGUUUCUGAACUGAAAAAUCAUAUUCAAUCUAUUUGUAAAGCUUCUGUGUCAGAUCUGCAGAAUCUAACUGAAGCAGCUACAAUAUUCUGUGCAAAAGAUUCUGCUCUCAGCAAAAUUAAAUUCUUUAAAUGCCUUAAGUGUUUGCAAUACACAUGCACUCGUAAGGAAAUGGAUGACCAUUUGAGACUGUGUGGCGUACCCCUAGUAAAGAAAACUUCCAAAUCAACUAAUACCUCUUCCUUGGCAGAGAAAAGCCAAAUACAGAAAAAACCCUCAUUGACUUUAGAGGAUCCCAAAACAAAAGCACCUGAAAAAGAAGUGCCUAAAAAGCAGCAAGAAGUGGUUCCUUCUGUUCCUGGAACUGAAACAAUCAAUGUCUCAAAGCCAUCCAUUUGCCCUACUGAGGAGCGUUCAAUGAAGACUCCAGUCAGCAAAGAAGGCUCUUCAAGUGAUGUGACAACAUCUCCAGUUAUAAACGCCACCAUGGAGACAACCACAACGAACACUGUCUUCAAAUGUAAAGAGGAACAACUGGAGGUUGAUCCUGAAAACAAAGAGGAUAAAAAACCCAAAGUUAAACAAACAAGUGAAGAAUAUUUCAAAUGUCAGAUCUGCAGUCGUCUGCUGCUUGGCCCACAUCGACUUAGACUUCACCAGGAAGCUUGUAAGAAAAGGAAUGACAUCAGAAGACGUAUUAAAAAAGCAAAUAUAGUGAAACCUUUAGUCAAUAUAAAAACAGAAGUUGUGACACCUGAUUCACAAGCGACAGAAGGGUCUACAUCUCAUCCACAAAAUAAUCUUACUACAGUGAAUACAACCAAAGUGAACCAGACAACUGUUACAGGUACCAGCAAAGUAGAAGACGCACCUUCUGCUACAGCAAACUUGCCCCAGCCUGAAAAACCUAAACAUUGUCCUGAUUGUGAACGUAUCAUCAAGUUACGUAAAGUCUCCCAACAAUUGAGCUUAUCAGAUGCUCAAAUAAAAAUUGAACCAACUGAAAUCACUGACAAAAAUAACUCCCGUUCAGUUUGCAGUGAAGAAGAAAUUCCUAAUCAACCAAAUAGUUCUGUGCAGAAUUCCUCAAUGGUCCACCAGGAAGUAGAAAGUAAAGCUGUGAAAACAGAUCAACCAGCAACUUGCUCUAAUAGAUCCAACAUGAACAAUGAUGAAUGUAUUAAGAGAACAAUGCUUCAAAUUAAGUCAGAAAUGGAAAAUCAGUUCUUACCAAGGAAACCAGUCAAACCAGAUAAACCUUUGCAAGAUUCUCCCCCUGUUGUUAAUAAAGUCAUUGAAACCAUCGAGACAAAGAGUGUUGUGAGUGAAGAUGAAUUGCUACUUGUUGGUGAUGGCACAAUGACGAUGUCCCCAAGUAGAAAGAUGCGUAUUUUAUCACCAUAUUGCCGAAAAUGUGAUUUCCAUUUUCGCAACCGUUCAAAUUUUGUAAAGCACCUUGCCAUUACUCAUCUCCAACCAUACACUAAGGAAACUGUCUCUGAAUUGAGCAAGCCUAUAGUGAUAUUUACUUGUGUAUAUUGUCAGAUUGCUUUUCGAGUUUGGUUUAAAUAUAUCAAUCACAUUCCCAACCAUGCGACUCACAUUCUUAAAGAGCUGAACUGCCGGUGGGUUAAGGAAACAUGUCAAGAAGAGAAAACUGCAGUUGUUAGUGGCAAGGGAGCCCAAAAAAAGACACAGUUAAAACUUGUAUGGCCACCACCAGAGGAAGAAAUUGGGUCCUUUCUUAAAAGAAAACGAAGAAAACCAUCCAAAAGAAAGUUUAAUCGAAACGCAAGCCUAAGUAAUAUUUCUCAAAGCACUAUAUCAAAUUUCAUGUCAGCCAGCUGUGAUGUUGAUAAUAAAACUAAACAAGAUAUUCUGCAUGUUAUGCACAAUCUUCUGCAAAGUAUUGUUGGCAUGAACGAUCAAGUUCUAGGAAAUAUUGAUAGUGUGUCUUAUGUUAACAAGAAAUCAGUGAUGGAGACAUCUAAAGAGACGGCUGCUCAGUUGUUGCCAGAACCUUGUAAAUCACGAUUGUCACAAAAUAUUACUGCCAAAGAUAUGUAUGAAAUUUCUACAAAUACAGCUUCAAUAGAUGAAACUGUUCAGAAAACAGCUGCAUCUUUCAUUGAAGAUGUAACGUUGUGUAAAACUCCUAUAACAGCUAAUGAUAAAUCUGUUGUAGCUAAAGAAGACCAGGAAUUACCACUAUUGUCAGAUACAAGCCAGAGUAAACCAGAUAAACUGAUGCUUGAUGUAAAUAGUGGCAAUUCUGGUGAUAAUGCAUUGUCUACUUUAAUUGAAGGCAGUGUAAAACCAGCUAGUACAGACCCAUCCACAAACAAUGUAACCAAAGCCUGUUUGUCAACAGUUUCUUCUGAGUCAGGAGAUAGUACAUCAUCUACUUUAGCUGAUAGCAACAAAAACCCAGCUAGUACAGAACCCAUCACAAACAAUGUAGUCAAAUCUUGUUUGCCUGUAAUUACCAGUGAGUCAGGAGACUGUCUCAAAGUAACCAAUACAUCAUCUGCAGAAGCUGUGAAAGCAGGCAGUUUGGAUAACAUAAAAUUGAAAUCUGUUGAGAGAAGUCAAGAACUGCCAGUAAAAGAUGCAUCACAGCCUGCACCAGAGAUGCUUAUUCAUUCUACCACAAAACAAUCAGUGAAGAUGCCAAAUAUAUCCAGUAUUACACCUGAACUUAAGAAAAUAUGCCGGCUGUCUGUGGAUAACAACUCUUUGUCACCAUCUCAGUGUUCAGCACUGGCAGUAACAACCCAGUCAGCAUUAUCAGUUAACAAGACAGCCACUCUGCCACAAGCUUCAGCCAUCAAUCCACCAGAUCCGUCCACUGCAACAUUUGACAAGACCUCUGUGUUGCCAACAUCACAAAAUCUUGAAAUGCAGUUGUCUCCUGCUUCAGACAAACCGACGAGAGAUUUAUUUGCUCUAAACAAUAUACAGGUUCCAAAUUAUUUGUCAUUACCUGCCUUAACAUCAUCACCUCCAACUUCUGCAUUAAAUAUACAAUCGUCUUCCAUUUCAAAACUUCAACCAAGGUUCUGUCCUAGUUCAGAAGCUUCUGUUUUAAUGUCUUCAUCUAAAUCUGAUGUAUCAUCGUCAUCUUUAACUUCUUCUGUUGCUGACACUUCUGAAGUAGCUAACACAUUGCUACCUCAGUCAGUCACUCCAAACCAAACCUAUUCUUCUAAGCAAUCUGUUGUCUCUAAAGCUAUUUCUCCAGUACCAUCUACUCAUUUAACUCCAUCCUCUUCUCACUCUGUUCCUUUUAGUUCUGACACACAAACUUCACUACCCAGUACAUUAGGCUCUAGUACCCUACAAACUACUCCUCACUCUCUACAUAGUCCACAGUUUUGCACUGCUACUUCAAGCAAAAACACUUUCCCUCAUCUAAAUGUAUCACUUUCACCAAUAAAACUCCAAACUCCCAUUUCUUCAGUAGAUCCCAAGAUUUUGGUCCCUUGCUUAUCUACAAAUAUUAUUACUCCAACUCUUAGUUUGCCUCCAUAUACUGAAACAUCAACCAAUAUCUCAUCAUCAGACCCAAAGGUUUCAGUAUCAAGUUUAUCUCCAAAUACUAAACUUGUUUCUUCUACUCCAAUUCCACUUGGUCCAGACUCAUCAAAAAGUACCCCACUACUAGUUUCUAAUUCAUCAUCAGACAUAAUGUCUGAAGUACCUAGUGUCAGGGUUAUUCCAUCUGCCACUAAAAAUCCAGAACUUAGCUCAUCACCUAAUGCUAAGGUUCCAGUAUCCAACUCCUCAACAUUCACUUCCUCUUCUGCUACUGAUACUUCAACUUUUACCUCUUCCUCUACUAUGAUCCCAUCAUCUAUAGUGGCCAGCUCCUCAUCUACUACCAAUGCUCUAAUACCAAGUUCAUUACAUAUUAAUGAUAAUAGGGCAUCUGACAUCCUCCCUGUUAUCAAGACUUCAGUUUCCAGUUCUUUGUCUUCUACUGAAACUGCAGUUGCCAACACUUCUAUUUCUGGUUCCUUGCCUGCCACUGACACUCCAAAAUCCUGUUCAUCAUCUGAAACCUCAUCUUCUAGUUCAUUUGAUAAGCAAAAUUUUAAUGCUCAGAAUAACUCCCUAGGACUCAAAAACACACCUCAGUCUGCUAGUUUAUCUCAUUCUCUCACUCCUGCAAAGAUAUUACCUGUUGUUUCUGAAAACAAUUUGAGGGUUUCUUGUUCAGUUACUCCCAGUAUCUCAACUAAUUGUUCUCCUCUUCUUAAGAACUCAACUAAUAAUUCUGCUGCCAGUUCUCUGUCAGUUAUCAAUAAUCACUUGGCCGAUUCUUCUGGUACAUCAUCCCUUGUUCCCACUGUUUUGGCUAGUCCUGUUUCUGCAUCAACUUCUAACACCAAAGCAUCCAGUGAUAGUUUUGUACAGCCCCCAACUCCUAGUUCUUCUGAUCUCAACAUUUCCACAUCUAUUUCUUCAAGUUCCAAUGUCAACAUUAUGAGUAAGUCACCUCCAACUUCCAAUCCUACUGUGACUGAAAAGACUCCAGUUACCAUCUCUGUUACAACUGAAAGAGAUCCCCAGCCUAUCUCUACUUCUCCUGCUCCUUUGAAGAUAUCUACUCCUACUCCCAGCUCCACUUCUACACUGAACUCCUCUGAUCUACAAACUACAAAAAGAAGUACAUCUGAUACCAAGACAUUAGUUACUGACUUGUCUUCAUCUUCAUGUACACCCAAUAUAUCUGAAUCAUUGCCGUUAACCUCUGGUAUUACUGCUUCUAGUUCAUUGUCAACAUCUAAGACUUCAAUUCCCAGUUCAUCUGAUCCACAACUUUUGUCAGCUGGACUAAAAACUAUUAGUUCAAGUGCUGAUACAAAGCCACUAGCACUUAAUGAUCCUAAUUCUAUGAGAUCAAGUGGUAGUUUCACAACCUCAUCGGACAGCAAAUCUCUUAGCACCAAAACCUCAGCUCCCGACUUGACUGAUAGUCCUAAAAUCUUGGCUUCCAGCUCUAUCAGUAGCCCCAAGACCUUGGUGCCCAUUUCUUCUGAUGGUCCCAAGAUGUUGGCUUCUAGCUCUUCUGAUAACUGUAAGACCUUAGCACCCACCUCCACUGAUACCUCUAUCACAACAGCUUCCAGCUCUACUCUUAAUCCUAGAACUUCAACUGAUAGUCCAAAAACAUCAGCUCUCAGAAUUUCUGAUUCUCCACAUAUAUCAGUCCCCAGCUCUGACAGUUUGAAAGCACUAGAUGGCAGCUUAACAGAUAUUUCUCGGGAUUUAGUUGCUAGCUCCUCAGGUAGCCUCGAAACAUCAGCUUUCAGCUCAGCAACAGAUAAUUCUAAGAUGCUACCUACCAGUUUAACUACUAAUACCACUUCUACUUUACCUAAAGCACUUGAUUCAGUUUCUUCUGUCACCAAACUUUCUAGUACAGUUUCAUCCUCCACUCCCAACUCAGUAAAAUCUACCAUUCUCAAAACAGUGCCACCUAACAGCACAUCUAUUAAAACAAAAUCUCUUGAUACCUCUGGACCUCAGAAACCAAUAACUUCCAGUGACUCAUUCUCCAUCACAACACCAGUCAUAUCAGUUUCUGUGACACCAACACCCAGCUCUACAUAUCCCCCUAAGCCUACAUAUUCUCCUUGCACAUCAUCUACUACUUCUACAGCUAACCCUCAAACUCUGGAUCUCAGCUGUACAUCUGUUCCCUCUAACUCUACAUCUUCCCCCAAGGCACCAGCUUCUCACUCUACAUUUGUCUCCAAAGCUCCAGCACCUAGUUCUACAUCUUCCCCUAAUAUACCAGUCUCCAGCUCUACAUCUGUCCCCAAAACUCAAUCACUCACCUCAACAGCUGUCUCUAAAACACCAGCCCCUAUUUCUACCAUUUCCUCCAAAACUCCAGCACCUAGUUCUACUACUACCCCCAGGACACCUGACUCUGGUUCUGCAACUUCCCUCAACACACCCAUCCCUAAAACUCCAACACUCAGUUCUACACCUAUCUCCAAAACAACAACACUCACUCCUACAACCACCUCCAAUUCAUCAGCUCCUAACUCUGUUUCUUCCUACAAAACUCCAGCACCCAGUGUUAAAGCAACCUCUACAGCACCGACCCCCAACUCUGCAUCUCUCCCAAAAAUUACAGCACCUAGUACUACUGCUUCUCCCAGCUCUAUAUCUCUCUCAAAAAUUUCAGCAACCAUUACUACAGUUACCCCAAACUCUUCACCUGUUCUCAAAACUCCAGUACCCUGUUCUACAGCUACUCCCAAGAUGCCAGUUCCUAGUUCUACAUCUGUUCCUAAAAUCCAAACAAGCACCUCUACAGUUGCCUCCAAGACACCAGCCCCCACCACAUCUUCCUCUAAUGCAGCAGCACCCACUGUGACAACUGUCCCUAAAACAUCAACAACUACAAAAAUAUCUACAGUCAAAACUCAAGUGUCUUUCUCCAAGACACCAGCCUCCACUACUGUAGACUCCCCAAAGACACCAGCCUCCACCACUACAGAUGCCACAAAGACACCAGCCUCCACCACAACAGAAGCCCAAAAGACUCCAGCCCCCACCACAACAAAUGUCUCAAAAACACAAGCCUCCACCAUAACAGAUGUCCCAAAAACACCAGUCUCCACCACUAUAGAUGCUGCAAAGACCCCAGCCUCCAUCACAACAAAUGUCCUAAAGACACCAGCCUCUACUACAGAUGUCCCAAAGACACCAGCCUCCACCACCAUAGAUGUCCAAAAAACACCAGCUUCCACUACUACAAAUGCCUCAAAGACACCAGUCUCUACCACAACAGACAUCCCAAGAAUGCUAACACCCACAACUUCAUCUGCUCUCAAAACAACAGUGCUCACCUCUACAUCUUCCUCCAAGUCUUUAACUCUUAACUCUACAUCUAACGCUUCAGAAACUACCACUACAACUCUUCCUAUAAUUCCAUUGCCCAGUUCAAGCUCUCAACACAGUACUCCAACAUCAGUUUCUAUUUGUAUUCAAAAGAAUUUGGCAUCUAGCUCUACAUCUUCCCCACAGGUCCCUUCACAUAGCACUAAUUCUACCCACAAGACUUCACCAGCCAGUAUUGUUUCUACAACAAAGACCUUGGCUGCCAAUACUGCAUCUUCACUCAAGACCAAACCAACAGCGCCCACUUCUACAACUACCCCCAAGACACCCCCUUCUACAACUAUUCCCAAAACAUCAACACCCCUUUCUCCUGCUACAUCCAAGACAUCAGGAUCUAUCUCUACUACUACCCCCAAGACACCAGCACCCACUUCUACAUCUACCCCCAAAACAUUAGCAUUUACCUCUACAACUACCCCCAAAACACCAGCAACCACUUCUACAUCUACCCCCAUGCCAUCAGCAUCCAUUUCCACAGCUGCGCCUAAGACACCAGCACCCACUUCUACAACUAAUCCUAAGACACCAGCAACUACUUCUACUAUUACCCACAAAACACCAGUAAUCACUUCUACAUCUUCCCCUAACACAUCAGCAUCCAUUUCUACAGCUGCACCCAAGACAGCAGUCCCAAGCAUUACAGCUGUCUCUAAGACACCGGCAAUCAGCUCUACAAUUGCUUCUAAGAUACCAGCACCUAGCCCUGCAUCUGCCUCUAAAACACCAGUGCUCACCUCUACAAUUAUUCCUAAGUCACAAGUCCCUGCCUCUGAAUCACCAGCACCCAACUCAACCUCUUCCCCCAAUACACCAGCACCCACCUCUACUUCUGCUCCAAAGACACCAGCACCCACCUCUACAACUACUCCCAAAACACAGGCCUUCAGUUCUGUAUCUUCCCCUAAGAGCCUGGCUCCCAGCUCUACCUCUGUCCCCAAGACUCAAGCACCAACUUCUACAACUGCCCCCAAGACACAAACACCAAGCUCUUCUUCAACCUUACAAACAUCAUCACCCAACUCAUCUUCAUCUCCUACAACACCAACACCCAUUUCUACAAUACCAGCACCCACUUCUACAACUACCCACAAUGCAUCAUCACCAACUUCUACAUGUACCCCCCACCUUCCAUCACCAAACUCACCACCUACCCCUAGCUCUUCAACUCUCAAAACCUCAAUACCCAGCUCUUCUUCAGCCCCCAAGACACCAGCAUUCAGUUCUACAGAUACCCCCAAAAUACUAGCAUCCAACUCUACAGCUAAAUCCAUAUCACCAACCACUACAGCUGUUUCUAGGGCCCCAGCUCUCAGCUCAACAUCUGCUCCCAAGACACCAGAACCCACCUCUUCAGCUAUCACCAAGGCACCAUCCCCCAGUUCCACCUCUACCAAGACACCAGCCCCCAGUUCCACCUCUACCAAGACACCAGCCCCCAGUUCCACCUCUUCCAAGGCACCAGCCCCUAGUUGCACCUCUUCCAAGGCACCAGCUCCCAGUUCCACCUCUACCAAAGCACCAGCCCCCAGUUCCACCUCUACCAAGGCACCAUACCCCAGUUCCACCUCUACCAAGACGCCAACCCCCAGUUCCACAUCUAGCAGGGCACCCACCCCCAGUUCCACAUCAAGCAAAACACCUACCCCCAGUUCCACAUCUAACAAAACACCCACUCCCAGUUCCACAUCUGCCAAGACACCAGUCCCCAGUUCUACAUCUACCAAGAUGCCAGCCCCUAGUUCCACAUCUACCAUCAAGACACCAGCACUCAGAUCUACAGCUACUCCCAAGACACCAACUCCCAGUUCUACAGCAACUUCCAAGGCACCAACUCCCAGUUCUACAACUACUCCCAAGGCACCAGCCCCCAGUUCUGCCACUUCUCUCAAGACACCAGCCCCUAGUUCUACCACUACUCCCAAGGCACCCACCCCUAGUUCUACAACUACUCCCAAGGCACCAGCCCCCAGUUCUACAACUGCUCCCAAGGCACCAACCCCCAGUUCUUCAACUACUCCCAAGGCACCAACUCCCAGUUCUACAACUGCUCCCAAGGCACCUGCCCCCAGUUCUACAACUGCUCCCAAGGCACCUGCCCCCAGUUCUACAACUACUCCCAAGGCACCAGCCCCCAGUUCUACAACUGCUCCCAAAGCACCAGCACCCAGUUCUACAGCUACUCCCAAGGCACCAGCCCCCAGUUCUACAUCUAGCACCAAAACACCAGCCCCCAAUUCUGCAACUACCAAGACAUCAGCCCCCAGUUCCACAUCUAACAUGAAAAUAUCAGCCCCAAAUUCUACAUCUACUCCCAAGGCACCAACACCCAGUUCUAUUACAACUACUACUACCACUAUUUCUACCAAAACACCAACUCCCAGUUCAACAUCUUCCCCCAAAACACCAACACCCAGUUCUGCAACCACUCCCAAAGUUCCAGCACGUAGUUCUACUACUACUACUUCUAGCAAAACACCAACCCCCAGUUCUACAUCUAGUACAAAAACAUCAGUAAGUAUUACAACAACCCCCAAGACACCACCACCCACUUCUACAGCAACAUCCAAGAUAGCUACAGUCACCUCUACAACAACUUCUAAAGCUUUAUCACUUAGUUGUACCUCUUCUCCUGCAGUACCCAGUUCUACUUCAACCUCCAACACACUUAUAUCCAAAUCUGCCCUCAAAUCUACUGUGGUCCUUUCCAAUACUACAUCCAAAUCUCUGGCACCCAGCUCUGCUUCUCCUUCCUCUACCACUAUUACUGUUGCAUCCAAGACAACAGUGCCUACUUCUACCACUGCAUCUAAGCCAACAGUUUCUACUUCUACCACAACUCCUAAGACUACAGUUCCCACUUCUACCACUACUUCUAAGAUCACAACUCCUAUUUCUACCACCACUACUACUAAAACUACAACUCCUACCACUACUUCUAAGACUACAGCUUCUACCUCUAUCACUACUUCUACCAUUGCUUCUCCUUCCUCUACUAUUGCAUCGAAAACAACAGUGCCUACUUCUAACACUAUUACUAAGACUAUAGCUCCUACCUCUACCACUACUUCUAAGGCUAUAGCUCCUAUUUCUACUAUUGCUUCCAAGACUACAGCUACUACCACCACUGCUAAGACAACACCUCCUACUUCUACCAUCACUGCCAAGACAACAGCUCUUACUUCUACCACUGCUUCUAAGACAACACCUACUACUUCUAUCGCUGCUUCUAAGACAACAGCUCCUACUUCUACCACUACUUCUAAGACAACACCUCCUACUUCUACCACUGCUUCUAAGACAACACCUCCUACUUCUACCACUGCUUCUAAGACAACACCUCCUACUUCUACCACUGCUUCUAAGACAACACCCCCGACUUCUACCUCUGCUUCUAAGACAACACCCCCUACUUCUAGCACUGCUUCUAAGACAACAACUCGUACUUCUACCAUUGUUUCUAAGACACCAGCCCCUACUUCUACCACUGCUUCUAAGACAACUUCUAAGACAACAGCUCCUACUUCUACCGCUGCUUCUAAGACAACACCUACUUCUACCACUGCUUCUAAGACAACACCUACUUCUACCACUACUUCUAAGACAACAGCCCCUAUUUCUAACACUGCAUCUAGAACAACACCCCCUACUUCUACUUCUACCACUGCUUCUAAGACAACAGCUCCUACUUCUAACACUGCAUCUAAAACAACACCCCCUACUUCUACUUCUAAGACUACAGCUUCUUCCUCUAGCACUGCAGCCAAGACUACCACUGCUCCUAAUUGUAGUACUGUACCAAAGACCUCAACAUCCAGUUCUACCAUUAUCACUAAGACUUCAACACCUUCCUCUAUCUCUAAUCUUAAAUCUCCAAUGCCUAAAGUUGUUUUAACUGGUUCCAAAUCAGCAAUGCCUAGCAUCAUUUCUGAUCCCAAAACAGCAGUUUCCAGUUCUAAAUUUGAUGUGAAAAGUUCAAUGUUGAGCUCUACAUCUGGCAGUGAAGCAGCAACACUGAGCAGCAUAAGCAGUGACAAGACACUUGAGCCUAGUGUGACAUCUGGUAUCAAAAGAAAAGCUCCCAGCUCCAUUUCUAAUGUCAAGAGACCAGCACUUAGCUCUUCUAGUGUUGAAAAGAAACCUGCGUCUAGCUCUACUUCUAAGAUAGCUUCCAAUUUUAUCAAAGAUUCUGAGACAUCUCUCAAAUCAGCUCCUGAGGUUACCCUAAUUUCUGGUUCAAAAUCUUCACCAGUUACCCCUACCUCUAGUCUGAAUACUCUAGCUACCAAUUCUACUAAUGGCAUUAAAAUUCUACCUCGUAGUUCUGCUACUGGUGCUCCAGCUUCUAGUUCUGCUAUUGAUGCCCCAGCUUCCAGUUCUGCUACAGCUAGUGACACCCCAGUUUCUAGUUCUGCUACUGGUUUUGACACUCCUUCUCUUAGUUCUACAGUCAGUGUUGAUACUACAGAUGCAAAUUCUACUUUGAGAAAUAGCUUCCCACCUGGUGAAAAAAGUUCUCGUGUCUCUUCUCUGAACAAAAGUUCAUCUUCAUGUAAUUCUGGGCCAAGUUCCUCUUCAAUUCCCCCAUCGGUUUCUGUUAGCAUUUUUGAUACCAAAAUGCCUCACUCUUCUGAUUCAUUAACUCCCAUAACAAGCUCCUCCUCUAGUAUCAACACCACACUUUCAUCAGUAGAUAUAAUAUCAUCACCAAACUCUGUCUCUACAGAACUUGCAUCAUCCACCAGUUCAAAAAUGUCUGCUGUUGUUGUCUCCUGUCAGAAUACUUCAUCCUCCUCUUCAAAUGUAAAUUCUGAAAUCUCUGACCCUAAAUCUCCCUCUUCUACAUUCUCUUCUAACUCCAUAUCCCCAACUCCUAUUUCAUCGUCUGUUCAGUCAUCUUCAGAAUUAGCUUCCUCAUCAAAUCAAGUUGUAAUUGAGUCUGAUUCACCUUCUCAAUCUAAAUCAGGUAAUCACUCCUCCAAAUGCACAUCUAGCUUACCUUCCAUUAAGUCCCCAAGUAGGAUGUCUCCUGUAGAAAGUAAGUCAUUAACUUCAUCUGCUCCUUCCUCUAGUGUUUCAACAUCAUCAGAUUCUGUUACUUCAUCUCAUUGUGCCAAAGAUUUAGUUCUUUCGUCUGAAGUUAAAUCAGCCCCAUCACCAAAUAACCUAACUUUAAUGUCAUCAACUUCUGUCACUACCAACGAACCAACCCCAUCCUCUGUUCUUUCCAAAGAGUUUGUUCCAUCUUCAUCUGUUUCAUCCGAGACAGCCCCAUCUUCAUCUGCUUAUUCUAAGAAGCCAAAAGCCACUCCAGUAGCAAGCUCUAAGACAUCAGUUUCAUCUUCUACUAAAAGAAUACUACCAUCAUCUUCUAAUAAUAUAACACAAACUCCCAGUUGUAGUCCUGUUGAGUCUUCAGACUCACUCCACUCUGCUAGUAAACCAUCAAGGUCUUUGUCAUCAUCAUUUGACGCCAAAUCCCCUGUGCUUUCUUCUUUGUCUAGUGUCAAGUUGCCUGAGCCUUCAUCAUCAUCAUCAUCAUCAUCUGGUGCUAAACCACCAGGUCCAUCAUCAUCAUCAUCAUCUGACACUGAUUUGCUAGGACUCUCAUCAUCAUCUGACAGCAAGCUUCCAACACUGUCAUCAUCUAAUGACAUUGUACCAACAACAGUAUCCCAAUCAAUUGAAUGUAAACUUGAUUCACCAUCAGUGACACCGAUAUCUUCUACUUUCCCUCCAUCUCCAAUGCCUUGUUCAUCUACAAAUCACAGAUCUCCUCCACACAGUCAAAAAUUGCCAUCUCCUUCAUCAUCAACUGACUUUUCAGAUUCUAAUGUAAUUACCCCAUCAUCUAAUAAAUCUGAUUUGCCAAUUGUGGCAUCAUCAGCUUCUUCUGAAUCAGUGCCCCUAUCAGCAUCAAUUGAUGAAGACUUGAUGAUGUCUUCAGAACUGUCAUCUAAUUUAGUUGAAUCAACUAGUAAUCAGAACACUUCUUCACAUCCUUUUGAACCCAUUCACACUACAUCUUCCUCUUCUUUAACAGAAGAUGCCCAUUUACAUUCUUCAUCUACUGCAUCAUGUUCUUCUCUAGAACUUCCUGAGCAGUCAUCAGCAACUCCUAUUUCAUCAUCUGUGCAAGACCCUAUCAAGGUGCCUGUGUCAGCCUCCUCCUCUUCCUCAUCAUCAUCGCCAUCAUGUAUGGAACCAUUAUCUUCGGAAGUAUCCAACUCUCAGUCAUCAGCCCCAGUUUCCUGUAUCAAAGAGUCACAAAAAUUAAUUAACAGUGCUGCUGACUCUCUGUCUCCUACUUUAAACACUGCUUCUCCUUCCAACAUGGUACAACAGACAUCUGUUGCUUCAACUCCUUGCCUGUCUAGCAAAUUGCCUUUUAAGUUAAUAUCUUCUUCAUCAGCUGAAUCAUCAUCAUCAUCAUCAUCAUCAUCAUCAUCAGAAACAUCAGAUUUAGUCAUUUCUGUAAACAGUAGUUCUAACAUUCCAGUUUCACACAAAGUUUGCAACUCUCCUAAUGUGGAUACAGGCCUUAAACCCUCCCUUUGUGAAGAUGAACAAAAUGCUUUGGAAAGUUUAGUGAACAGUAAAACUGAAAGUGAUUUGACUAAGGAAAUGACAGAAAAUUUAGAACCUGAAAACACCAGUACUAGUCAGAAAUCAGAAGAGGAUGCACAACCACCUGGUACAUCUGUUGAUAUUGAUCCAAAUAAAUAUUUGGAACAAAUAUCAGAAAAUUCUGUUGAGGAGAAACCUAGUGAAAAUAAUACUGAAAUCAAAACAACUUCUGUGAGUUCUGAUACUCUUGGAGCUGAACAAUUGAUUUCCAAGACCAAAAGUGAUGUGAAUGAAGGCCAACCAGUUAGUUGCAGUGAUGUUGCUAGCCAGCCAUCAGAUUUUAAAUGUGAGUUGGCUAAUUCUUCUGACACUGAAGUUAGCAGGUUAUUAUGUGAUGGUAAAAAACCUGUUGGUGAUGUGACAGGUGCUCCUCAGAAGUCUUGUGACAUUAAAUGCGACUUGUCUGUAACAGAUGACAUUAAAACUAAUGAGAAUUUCAAUUCACAGACUCUGAUUGCAGACACUGAUCAAUCAGUAAUGGAAUCUGAUAUAAAAGAGGAUAAAAAUUUGGAAAGUGGAGAGAAAGAACGUGCCUCAUCAGAGUCUCAAACUGAAAUAAAAACUGAAAAAUCUACUUCUAUUAAGACUUACAGUUCAUCUAAGGUUGAUAUUAAGACAGAUUCAAAAGUGAAGUGCGAGGUAGAGGAGAAAAGUGAGGUUGGAAUUUCCUACAAUAGUCAGUCCAAAUCAACUAUUAAGGAUGACAGUUCUGACAUUUGCAAGAAUGAGAAACAAGAGCAAGUAACCUGUGAGGAAGAUGACUUGCAAAGUUUUAAUAAAAGCAGUAAAUGUGAAGAGCUAGCAUUACAACUGCAGGAAAAUAGUUGCCAUUCAGAAGAAUCGACAGACUCUGGCAGUCGAAGGCUACGUGGAAGACCCCGAAAGACCAGUGCAGAGACUGUCUCUGCUGAGCAAAUGAAAACCCAACUAUUGAACCCUGGAAAUAUUAUAAACUUACGCCUUCGCCGAGACCGUCCAUCCUUAAAGAAUGGGAAAUGUAAAUACUGUUGCUGCAAAAAACGCUGUCAGGCCAGCUGUGUUCAGAACAAGUGUAUGGGUUGUAUUUUAGAUGGCAAUUCAAUAUGUCGUUGUAGUUUAAAAGAAAGCUUGAUGAAAAAUAUUCAAAGUAUAGCUUUGUCUGUUAAUACAAUGUGCAUGAAUUGUCAUGGAAAGAACAAAAGAUCUGUUCGGGCUUGCAAGCGGAAACGCUCACCAAGUCCACAACCAAACAAACGACGUGGUGUUCUGCAAAGUCAAGUAAAACCCUCCACUACAACAAAUCAAAAAUCAUCCAAAAAUUCCUCAAAAGUAUCUAGAACAAACUUUAAAACCAAACUGACUACAACUCCUCACAAAACAAUUGCCAAAUCACCCCACAAAAAAUCCCUAACAAAAACCCCUUCUAAAAAAGUAAUUGAAGUUGAAUUGAAAAAAAUCUCUCGAGAACCUUCUAAGCAAAAAGAACCCAGAUGUAAAUUAAAGAAAAAGCUCAGUGUCAAUCUUUUGAAAGAAAACCCUGUUGUCUCUCUGAAGCAAAUGAGCUCAUUAGAGUCUCUGUCAGCUAGCCAGACAAGUAAAAAGGAGGAUAGCACAAAGCAUGUAUCAACAAGGCGUUCACUGAGGAGUAGAAAGUCUCUUGAUGAAAGUACACCAGUAUUGCAACAGAUGCGCCGAUCAAAGUCGGAACAAAAGCUUGAUUCGAAUAAUGACAGUGCAUCAAAAUACCAAAUUGAUUUGGCUCUUACAGACAAUAUGAAUGAUACAAAGAUCAGUUCUAAACUUUCACAAGACCAUCUCAGGACAAAUAGCAAAAGCAAUGCAGCUCAGCCAUGCUGCAGUACAGCAGAUGAUUGUUGUAGUACAUGUGCUGACAACUUUAAUAAAAAAUUUGUAGAUAAUCGUGCUCUAAAAGAACUGCGGCAGCGUGUUAAACUUGGACCUUUUAAAUGGGACUUGGAAGAAUCAGAUACUGGUGGACGAGCUCACACGAAUGACGAAUCUAAUAAAUCUAAUAAUGCAAAUACUGUGUCAACUUGCAACACCAGUGUAUCUAAUACAAGCAGUAGUAGUAGCUCUUCUAAGGUAUCAGAAAAUACCUUACAAGUAUCCCAGUUAACUCCCUCCUCUUCUGCAUCAUCAUCAAGUAGUAUGGAUGAUGAACUUGUGAAAACAUCCAUGACCCCACCAAUCAGGACUUACUCUAGAACCCAGUCCCCAACUUCUCGGAUCCGUGUUGGCCGAACAUACAGUAAAGCAUCUGACUAUCAGGCCCUCCCCCCUGGGGUAAUACCCAUUGUAGACUGUCUGCGAGCAUCAUCACGCAGUUCAGCCAGUCACCUGUGUGACAUGCCCCGUGUACAUGUAGUACGAGUAGAUAAAAAGGGCAACAUGUUUGAAACUCGAGAACCUUACCCUCUGCCCAGAACACCUGUGGACACUGACAUAAGUCGUAGUGUACUUGAUGAGGAAAAAGUUUCUGGCCAAAGGUGGAAACUGCAAAGAACUAAAAUGAAAACAGAUGGCUAUCCAUUUAGUUUUAAGAAAACACGAAUUCAAUAACUACAGUGCAUUGAUUAGGAUAUUCUUUAAUUAACUACUUAUUGUGAUUUUACUAUUUGUUUUUGUUUUUCUUUAUAUUCCCUUUUUUUUUUCUGUUACCCCUUUCAUUUUACUUCAAUUAAAUAUUUAUAUGGAAGAAUUCACUUGCUGAAACGUUUUUAAAAAAAAAUAAAUAAGUUUUGAAAUCUUGUUAAAUUACUAAAUUGCUUUUGAUAGUUUAAUUUGAUGAGAGAAACUAUCUGGGGAUAAUAGUCAGGCCAUCUUUAAUUUAUUGUCAGUAAAGUUUGACUACCUUCUUUACUUGAAAUACACUAAUGAUUGCCAACCACUCAGCUUUCUUCUUACUAUUAUUAUUAUUAUCAUUAUUAUUAUUAUUAUAUUUUUAAAGAUGUAUUUAUCCCCCAUUGCCUUUCAAUAAAUUAUUCUGAUUUUUGAGUGGGGAGUUUUUUGUUAGUCUAGAACAAGCAUUUUAGUUGACAAGCAAUAGACAAAAUAUCACCUCACCCUUGUGUAAAUAAAUGGAAAAAAAAAUUGUAAACACUUGUCUGUUGACAGAAGUAUCAGCUGCAAGUAAUUUUGUCUGAAAAGGCAGAUAAAGAUAUGUCUUUGUA